UCAUUAAACAAUAGAUUGAUGCUUGCAAAGACUUCCUAGUCUUCUGCUUCAUCCAUAAAUAGAAGAGAAGCUUUCCAAUUUGUUCUACAAGCAUAAUUCAAAACCAAGUUUUUGUUCUCAAGAACCCUGGAAAUGGCGACUCAGAUGCAAAUAUUUAUGAUUCUUGGCAUGAUACUAUGCCUCACUUCAGUAGCUCAUGCCGCUCAAGGAAAUGCAGUCUACUAUAAACCCCCUUACACCCCGUCAGCGUGCUAUCAGAACCAGGACCAUGGAAGUAUGGUUACAGGAGUAAGCGAUGCCCUAUGGCAAGGCGGAGCCGCCUGUGGAAGAAAGUACACCGUGCGAUGCAUCGGAGCGGCGAAUACAGCACCGCACCCUUGUCAUGAUGGAAAAAGUGUUGAAGUAACAGUCGUUGAUUAUUGCCGAGAAAAAUGCAAUGGAGUUCUUAAUCUUUCCCAGGAUGCUUUCGCUGUCAUUGCUGAUCUUGAUGCUGGCAAAGUUAAAGUUGAAUACAACCAGGCUUGAAUUGAAGCUUUUAAAGUUAAAGGGGUUCUCAUCCCUGUUGGGAAGAAGAAGAUACAUUAAAAAAUAAGCAGAAAAUUAUGAAAUAACCAGUUGUAUCUUUUGCAAAUAAUAAUAUAUAUAAAUAUGUAAGCUUAAUGGAGCUGUAUCUGAAAAUAAAAUGGUGAUCGAGCCGAAUUAUUCGAGAUA